AUCUCAAUCCAUUAAUAAGUGAACUAGUCAACCGGAGCACCACUAACCUUAAUUCCAAAGACUCAAGUCUAGUUACCUAAAAUAGUGGAUAUAUAGGAAGAAAAAUGUGAGAUAAAUCUUCGUAAGUCAUUCCUAGAUUGGAGAAACUAUCAUUAACAAGUGACAUUGCAAUGAUAUGGUCUCGCCAAUUUCCAGAAGACCUCUUCUCCAACAUUAAAGGUCUUCGUGUUCUCUGCUACCACAGUGAAUCAAAGGCUUUUCCAUUCUUCUUCAUUGAAAGAUUCUUCAAUUUAGAAAAGCUUUUUAUAGGUUGUUCUCAUUUCAAGGAGUUGUUCCGUUCUAUAGCAUCCAUUGAUUGUCAGGCGAAAGAUGGAAGAUGGCAUUUCCGUAUUAGAAAGUUGAAGCUGGAUACGCUUCCUAAUCUAAAAAAAAGAGAAGAGUGGUGGAGUAAGAGGUUGGGGGGAACAAGGUUCUCCAGUUCGUACCUCGGCCUCCUCCUGUUGAGCUCAAUCCUUAACUCAGGGAGUCUGAGGUUGAGGGGGCUGAGGUUUAUUAACACAACCUUCCCCAAAGUGGACAAGCAUCAAGCUAAAGAGGAGGUGUUGAAGUAUUGUGGGGCAACUGUGGUGAAGCACGCUCUGGAGUGUGAGCAGUUGCAAAAGGAGAAGGAGGAGCUGGAGAAGAAAAAAAAAGACAUGCAAGAGGUGUUGGAUGAGGUGGUACCAACAGUAAAGCAGCUUGAGCAAGAGAAGGAUUCUCUGAGUACGAAGCUCGUCUUUGAAGAGAAAAAGAGAAAGAUCUAUGAAAGUGAGUGUGAGGCUCAAGAGAAAGAGAUAAAAGCGAUGAAAGAAGCUGUGGUUGAGCUGAAGAAGAAUGUUCAGCUAUUGGUACACAACGGGAUGGAGGAGCAUAUCAGCAACUUCGUCAACUCCAGCUUGUUUGACAAUAUUGUCAACCUCUACCGGCUGCCAAUUGCAAUCCUUGCCUUCACUAAUUGCAGAAGGAAGGCGAAAGCUGAGUGUCCCAAAGUGGAUAUUACGAAGAUCACCUUCGGCGAACAAGAGGAAGGGGUGGAGGAAAAUGGUGAGACAGUGGAGGAAGAGGAAGCAGAGGUAGAAGGUGUUGGAGUUGAGGAAAACCAGCCACCUCAUCCGGUGGAGGUCCAUUCAAUUCCUUCUGACGAAGAGCAGCCACCUCAGCUAGUGGAGUGGCCACCUCUUCCAUCAGAGUAGCAGCCACCUCAGCCACCACCCCCAGUAAAACAAUUAGGGGUUUUUAUUUUUUUAUCUUUCUUUUUUACUAACAUUGGAACAAUUGAUAAUUUAAACAGUUUGUAUCUUUUAGUAUUUGAGUUUAAUAAAAAAUUUUGUUGUUGAAUUUAUGUAUAAUAUUUGCUUUGUACUUUAUUUGUUAUAUGAAGUAAAUUACUUUGAAUCUG